CGGCAAUUCCAUUUCCGUGAAAGAUAUAAAUUGACAAGUGCUAAAUGAUCUAAACCCUACAAACACAUAUACCAUGGAUACUUCAAACACUAUCGCCUCCGAUUCUCCUCAGUUCAAAAUUGCUGUUAUAGGUGGUGGUAUUGGCGGAUUAACACUUGCAUCCGUCCUACAACAUGCUUACAAGAUCAAGUGCACUGUCUAUGAGCUUGACGACACCGAAAACAGCCGUAAUCAAGGUGGAAGUCUGGAUCUUCACGUCAACUCUGGUCAACUUGCCCUAGAGAAGGCUGGAUUAACUGAUCAGUUUCAAAAGAAUGCCAGAUACCAAGGACAAGAUCUUAUAAUCACGAAUAAGACUGGCAAGGUACUGUAUCAAGACUCUGGCAGCGACGGACCUACUGGAGGAGAUGAUGACCGUCCAGAGAUUGAUCGUACAAUCCUACGACAUAUGCUUAUUGAAUCUCUUGAGGAGGGUACAAUUCAAUGGGGAAAAAAGGUGAUCAAGCUAGAGGAGGAUUCCAAGGAUAAUGGUAAUCAUCGCCACGCACUCACCUUUCAAGACGGCCGAACUGAAACUUUCGACCUGGUUGUUGGAGCCGAUGGUGCAUGGUCUAAGCUUCGUAAAUUUGUAUCCGACGCAGUUCCAUUUUACACGGGUAUCUUCUUCGCUGAAGUUUGCUUGACCAAUGUUGAUAUCGAUCAUCCAGCAGCAUCAAAACUGGUUGGUCAUGGCACCUACAUCGCACUGCAAGAUAACAAAGGAUUACUAUGCCAGAGAAACGGUGACGGAUCGAUUCGUAUAUAUGUCACUAUACGCGUAGAAGAAAACGGUCUUUCUCACAUUGAUUUUACCAACCCUGAAGGCCCACGGAAUUAUUUUUUGGAUCGAUUUAGCGACUGGGAUGAUACAUUGAAAGUUUUCAUCAAGGAGGCAUCGUCAUUCAUACCGCGUGGCUUCUAUAUGCUGCCGAUAGAUCAUACAUGGAAAUCGCAUCCUGGAGUGACGUUGAUUGGCGAUGCAGCUCAUUUAAUGUCACCUUUUGCUGGUGAAGGUGCGAAUAUGGCGAUGCUCGAUGGUGCCAACCUGGCAGAAGCUAUAUCUGAGAUAGUGCAUAAUGGCAAGGAUCUUGCGACUACUAUCGAAAAGUUUGAGAAAGAUAUGCAUGAAAUUGUCGUCGUUCCGGCCGCUGAAAGCGCAAAAAACAUGGACAUGUUCAUAUCCGACGAUGCCCCUGAAGGCGUUGUUAACUUUUUUGAAACGAUACAAGCCGCUGGUGGCCCCCCACAAUGAAAAAAAUUCGUCUAGAACGCAUCUUAAAUGCAGAAAGCCAUAUAUAUUGUUUAUAAUGAAAAUUAAACUAGUUUGUUAUUUUAGAUCAUCGCUUCUCUUGAAAACCACAUAUAAUAAUAAAAGACUAUAACCACACAAUCGUA